AUGCACCCUGGCAUCAAACCAAUAGAGCAGAAGGGCUCGCGGCUGCCCUACCCAAUUGGCAAACCCACUGACCAACUCGUUCCACGUGCUCAACUCCGGCAACGGAUCGCCAAUGCACUUGGUAGAGCACAGCCCCAUGGGAAACCUACCUUUGCAGACGUCGCAUCUGCCCUCCCGGACGUGCCAGGCCUCGUCCUUGAGGGAAUGGACACUGUCCCUCUCCCACUAUGUCGGGAGAUCUUCGAGAAGCUCGUAAAGCAAGGCGUGGGGGAACAAGAGAACGUCUGGAUGCUCUUCCCCCACCUUAUCACGAUGAAAAACCCAGCGUGGACAGCAGGUAUCCAGACACUGGCUGAACUGAGUUCAAAGAGGCUCGGGAUCGACAAUGGGGUGCUGCAGCCAGUACUGUCCAAGGUGGUGGUGGUACGUGCUGGCGGGAAGCUAGACAAGCAGCAAGACACGAACAUCGGUCGCUCCAGGGCGACGCUGGUGGUGACGCUACCGUCUGAUUAUCUUGGAGGUGACUGGGUGGUCUGGGACGCGGAAACACGGAAAGCUUAUCGCUACGAUAUGGGCAAAAAGGCUGGCAACGCUGCGUUCAAGCCACACUACGUGGUGUACGGCGCUGGAGCGUCUUAUGCCAUGGAAGAGGUGACGAGUGGGUAUUGCUUAAUGCUGGUUUACUCGCUGUGCUUGCCUCUGGGCUUGCCGCUGGCUACCCGUCCCCACGUUCGCAACUUGUUGCGUAUCGAACUCGCUGAGCUUGUCAAGCAACUGCAAGGAGGACCGGACGAUAUGGAUGCUAUCACUCAGCGUUGCGAACAAGCUGAAAGUAGCAGCAACAAUGCCGAUAAUAUCGCACUUUCGCUGUCAAAGACCUUGACUCUGACGGAGAUUGAGAAUGCAGGUGUAAAUGCCCUCUCUGGUGUGGAUCUGGAUCGAUUCCAGUUGCUACUUGAAGCGAACAAGUGGCUUCCUCCGGCACACCAACUGGUGUUCUACCUGGCACGACUUGGCUUCGAAGCUCCCGCGUUCGAGUGCAGUGAGUCCUCGGAGCUGAAGCAGGCGGUGUGUUGGUACUCAAUUACUGGGAAGAAAAUUGGUGCAGACAACAUGCGCUUCGUCAACUGGUCAACGAAGCUCAAUUUCCUGAAUCUUGGCAACGAGAAACUGGGUGAACAAAGGGGAAACGACAAGGAGCCCGUGGCCAAAGGUCUGGAACGCUUUGCUCUUGUCGGCUGGCCUCGAUCGUCCGACAUCGCACACGCCGUCAACUGGUUCGGAGCUCCAGCGUCUGUGCCUAUCAUCGCAGCACACGACUUCAUCAGUGUCGCGACGCUCCAACUGCUGCUAACUAGCGACGGAGGUGGGGGCAAACUACAUUUUUUCCUGCAACUCAGAGCAGCAGAAAGGAACUUUGAGCUUCUCCCAUUCUGUCGGAAGUUGGGGGCUGUUGUUGUCGAGUCGGGAGACGUCAACUUGGCCAAUACAUUUGUCAAGAACGGCGUUACUCUGCUAAAGGAAAAGGAGAAAAUCUCAUUUCUACCAUGGUUUGCAACUCUCGUAGAGAAAUUCGAGUGGGAAAAUGUGAGCUCAGCGAUACUGGGAGCUAUCAACGUGAAAGCGUCCGAGAUUCGCGUGGAUCGAGCUCUGGAACUUGCCGACAUCCUCAGCCAGAAUAUCUCGGCGCACACUGAUCUGACAACUUUUGCUCUGCAGAAAACGUGCUCGUGGCAAUCCACUCACGCAGACAGAUUCGCUGCGUCGGGCAAAGUUAUCGCGCUGUUGAAUCACGCGAUGGCAUGCAAAAGUGCCAAGGUUUUCGCCUCUCUAUUGGUCUUACUGAAGAAGAUCAGUGGGGGGCUUCUCCGUCCUGUCAUCGAUACACUUUCAGAGUGCGUCGAUGAGUCGAGUUUGCCGGAAAUUCGCGCUGCACUGGCCUCGGUUGCAAUCAAACGGCGUCAGUGGCUGACUGAAGAGGUCGAAGAAUCCAAAAGGCCAUUUACAUGGGACACGGAGUCGAUGGACUUCCCUGACGCUGCGUUAAUAGUGAGCUUUCUUGAAGGCCCCGACGUCGCGUUUAAGAUCUGUGGCUUCCCCGGUAUCGGAGACGCUCGAGCUCGUGCCCAAUUGCUUCGUCAGAAAAUUAAAGGGGCUCUCAAGUUUGAGGCGGACGGGCGAGGACAUGACGCGUUUGUGCAAAUUCUCAAAGCUGGCGGAGAUUUUGAUACUCGCAGGAAGGACUUGCUGAAGUAUGAAGCGGAGAUCGACCGGCUUGGACAGCUCGUGAGUGAUCUGCUGCCGCCGGAUGAGAACACGAAUACCACCAACGUCGAUCUCAGCGCAGUGGGGAAGAAACGAGCGCGAGAGGAAGCAGGCGACGAGUUCAUCUUCGAAUAG